AUGCAGCCCAUCUACCAAUUCCAUGGCAAAUGGCCCUUCUACCGCUUCAUGGGCAUGCAAGAGCCGUUUAGCGUCAUCUUCUCCCUCUUCAACUACCUCGCGCACGACUGGGGCAUGUCGCAGCUCCGCGACAAGAUACCCGCGUCGUACCCGCUGCGGAAAUACUACUUGUGGUUUGGCUACGUGGGCCUGGCGAGCUGGACGUUCAGCAUGAUAUUCCACACCAGAGACUUUGGGGUCACGGAGAAGCUGGACUACUUCGCUGCGGGCGCGAAUGUUCUGUACGGGCUGUACUAUGCGCCCAUCAGAGUGUUCCGACUCGACAGGAAGGAGCCGAGGAAACAGAGCUUGCUGAGGCUCUGGACAGGACUGUGUAUUACGUUGUAUACGUUGCAUGUCUUGUACCUCUCGCUCUGGUCCUGGGAUUACACGUACAACAUGGCUGCCAAUGUCGCUGUUGGUAUCGUGUCCAACCUGCUUUGGAGCGGCUUCAGUUACGUUCAGUAUCAGAAGAUUGGGAGGACUUGGGCUGUCUGGCCUGGUCUGUGUGUUGCCUGGAUCAUCUUGGCUAUGAGCCUGGAGCUGUUGGACUUCCCGCCUUGGAUGGGCAUGGUGGAUGCGCACAGCCUGUGGCAUCUGGGUACGGUUUUGCCGACCGUUUUGUGGUACAACUUCCUCAUCAGAGACGCUCAGGAAGACAUUGCAGGUACGCGCCUCAAGGAUUGA